AUCUCAGAUCAGAAGCCCCUGGGCUGUUGGUCAGUCAAACAUGGGCAGAUUCUCACCUCUCCUGUCGUGUGCAACACUGAAACUCAGGAGUACAUUGCUGUCCACGACAACAGGGUUUUAAGAAUAUGGAAGAAUGAAGACAUUAACUUGGACAAAGCCUUUAAAGCAACACUUUCAGCAGAUGUGCACAGGAUCCAUUCCCUGCCCAGUGUGGGCCCAGUGGUGCUGUUCAGGGGUGGAGGUGUCCGGACACUGGAUGUGCUUUUGGAAGCUCCACAACAAGAGAUUGAAGAUGUUAUCUCAGAUGAAGUCAUCAAGUGGAGUGAAGCCUUUAUGGAAGGUCAACAACCUGUCCUGAUUUUCGCUACUGAGAAAGGUGAGGACUUCUUUGUCUACGUGCAGAAGCCUAAGCUGGACAGUCUACACAAGUACAAGCUUGAACAACAACAGCUGUCCAAGCCACUGAGUUUCACAGCAUAUAUAAAAAACCAAACUGUCACACUGCUGUGCUUGUAUUCCAAUGACUCUGUGUACAAGAUCCUGAUACCUCUGCAGCAAGAUGCUGAAAAGGAAGAAGAAAUUUUGCCCAAGUCAUUACUACUGAACCUCUCAGUGUCUGGAACUGUGCUGAAAGGAACAUCUUUGGUUGUCCUUGACAAGGACCACGUGGCAGUGUUGGGCAGUUUGGUUUCGUCUGAUAAAGAGCCCAAAGAGUGCCUAACCAUCUGGAAUACCAAAUUCCAGACACUUCAGGCCUCCAAGGAGCUGCCCCUGGGAACCAGUGGCCAGUUAUGGUGUUAUGAGGAAAAAUUCUUCCUAACUCAUGGGAAAGUGCUAACAGUGAUUAUGUACAAAUGUGAAACAUCUUCCUUGGCAGCUGCUGUGGGAAAGCUCAAGGACAGUCAAACCUCUGAUGUGUCUUCAUUUGUGAACUGGAAUACUCUGGAAGAUGAAGAGCUGGUGGUUUCCUUGCAGUCCCAGGAGUCUGUGGCUCUAAAAUCUGAGUCCAAAAUGACUCUGAGGUCAAGAAAGAACAGUGUUGCUGAAGCAGAGCCUGAGACCUUAUCAGUUGGACAGUUCUUGCUGCGUCUCAAAGAUGCUCCUGGAAGUAUAUUGGAAAAUGAAUUGAGACAAUUGCUGUCAAGAGCAGAGACUGUGGAUUUGCAGGCCAACAUUGGGUGUGUGGUCAGUGCCCUUAUGAACAGGUGUAAAGCAAGUCCAAAGUAUUACCCUCAGAAUUUCCUGCUGCACAUAGUCCAGACCCAAGACUUGUCCUACAGUCUGUGUCCAGAUCUGAUGGCUGUUGCUUUGGAGAAGAAAGAUGUGCAUCUCUUACAGACCUGCUUACAACGUUUUCCUGAUAUUCCUGAGGAAAUUACUUAUGCUUGCCUGCAAGUGUUUCUGAGCGUUAGUGAAGCUGAUCUGCAAACAACAGAUAUCAACCUGGACUCUGUGAUCUGUUACAUUGACGUGGAAUUCAACAGCAAAGAAGUUAAGACUGAAGUCGUGGAAAAUGGAUUUGAUGUGGAGCUGGAGCAGGAGGUGGAUGAGGCUAAAACCCCAACCCCAGCCCAGUCAGAGAGUGAUGGUGACUCCUGCCCCGUCGGACCCCGGAAAGCAGCACUGUUAAAUGCUGUUCUCCUUUCAGCUUACAGUGAAAGUUUUCUUCUGCCUCACCUGAAAAACCUUCCACCUCGGCAAGUUAUUCUGUUCCUCAGGUAUUUGUACUACCUGUAUGUAAAAUGCAGUGAAAAGGUUAACACUGCCCUCCCUGGAAUACACUCUCCAACUAUAAAUCAGAUCAUGGACUGGAUGUGCCUGGUGCUUGAUGCUCACUUCACUGUUAUGGUGAUGCUGCCAGAAGCAAGAGAUUUGCUUUCAAGCCUGCAUAAGUUUGUGAGAGCCCAAGUAAGGUUCUACUCUGAACUCAACAAGAUUGAAGGAAGUUUGCAGGAACUACAAAGGCUCAACCACCAGAGAGACUCUCAGACAUACUCAAUUGAAGUGCUGGAAAUCAUUUGA